UAAUUAGUGACUGAAUAGUAAAUUUUUAUGAACAUAGAAGCUUUACAAAGUGCUAUAGAAUCAUUGGACUUGUAUAUUGUUUACACAAGAAUGUUGAUGUGUUAAUAGUGAUAAUUCUUGUGCCUUAUUAAUUUAUUUUAGGUGAUUUACAGAAAUAUUUUAGUGUUGUCCCAACGAAACAAUCAUGGAAGGUAUCUAUAAAAUCAAUUUGGUGCCCUCCGAUUUGAGUACGGAAGAAACUAUACUACAGAUCGCAGACACCCUCGACAACCUUAACGGUGUCAUCGACGACGUAUUCGCUCGACUCAUGGGUAGAAUCAAGCAGAACAUUGACAAGACCAACAAACUCACGGAUAGAAUUGAGAUUUCUAGGAAAAAAGUUGAAACACUGACUGGGAUGCAAAAGGCGAUCAAAGUGUUCUCUAGUGCUAAAUAUCCGGCAUCGAUCGUCCACGAACAUUACAAAUCUGUCUUAGAUCUAGAUGCUUAUCAGCAUAAACCUCAAAAGGUAACCUUGAGUGGGAAGACUCAGGGCCAGCCUAAUGACAAGGGAAUACAGGAAAAACUUCACUUUUACCACGUCAAAGUGGCCGCACCAAAGAACACCAAGCCUAAACCAGACUUUGAACUUAAGGCUGUUAUAGAUGACAUUACCACCGUAGGAGAGUUGCUGGUUUUCAAUAGCGGGGAGAGCCCGUACUUGGGUAUUCCAGACAAAGCCCCCGCAUACGUCCCGAAAGUUCCAGACGUUGAGAACAGGAGUUUACUGGAAGACGCGCCGUCAUCCAUCAUGAAGAGGGACGUGCUGAAGAGAGAAGUUGACGAGUACAUGUAUGCUCCCGGCAUGGGGAUGGUGCCAGAGUUGGAGAUGCCAUUGGACUUGCCGCACCUUCCGGGCAUCGCAGGGGACGUCCAGUUCUCGAUCACGACCGACGGGUCGAUUGCUCCGUCGGCCGUUACGUCACCGGUCGCUCCGGUGGUUGCGUUACCGGAGUCGGAACUCCCGGACUUCAAGGAGUUGCCGGACGUGAAGUUGCCGGACGCGCCUCUGCCUGCUGUGCCGGACAUGCCGGACGCUCCGCCCCCGGAGCCGCCGGCGGCUAAGGCUAUGCCACCGCCGCCCCCGCCGCCGCCGCCGCCGCCGCCACCGCCUCCAGUACCGGAGGCAGCCCAACCACCUGAUACUAAACGUGAAGAGAAGGCGCCUUCGAGCGCCGCCUCUGCUCCGGCGGGCGACGCGCAUGCGAACCUGAUGGAAGCAAUCAGGAAGGCCGGGGGCGCGGGCCGGGCCAAGCUGCGGCCCGCGGCUGACACCACGCCAGAUAAGGGCACCAAAGCGGCUCCGACCGGCGACCUGAUGGCGGACCUUCACGCCAAGCUGUCGAUGCGCCGGCGCGGCAUCUCGGGCGCCGAGCGCGGCGGCUCCGUGCUUCACACGCUCGCGAGCGUCAUCCCCGAGCCGGCCGAGUCCUCGCCAGCGCAUUCGUCCAGCGAGAGCGACUGGGAGUAGCAUCAUGUCUAUACUGACCGGGUAACAUCUGUGUAACCUGAAAGCUAACGGUAGAUCAGCGUUACACCCGAGCCAGAAAAUCAGCGAACGUUCCUUAUGCGAGAAUGACUGGGAGUACCGCCACUGCCCCGGCCGGGUAACAUCCAUGUGACCUGAAAGCUAGCUAUCAGCAUUACACCCGAGCCAGAAAAUCAGCGAACGUUCCUUAUGCGAGAGCGACUGGGAGUAGCAUCAUGUCUAUACUGACCGGGUAACAUCCAUGUGACCUGAAAGCUAGCGGUAGAUCAGCGUUACACCCGAGCCAGAAAACCAGCCAAUAUUCCAUAAACGAGAGCGAUUGGGACAAGCUACACCUCUUCACUGGCCGCGUAUGAACGAGCAUCUAUGACCUGCAAGAUAGCGAUCAGCUUUCUGCCCUAGCCAGAAAAGCAAAUGCCGCAACAUUCCUCAAGCCGCAGCGACUGGGAGUAGCAAUAGUAUUUUAAGCGCGUUGCACUACUGAACUCGAUGUUACCAUCUUUGGACCCUAAUCUGGCGUUCACAUCAGUAAAAUAGCAAUUUGAAAGUUUUGGUAAAUCUAAUGUUUCCACAACUAGGUAGAUGCGACACCUUUUUGUGCGCCGAUUUUAUAUUCCACUGAAUUUUUCAUUGAUACGAAUAAUAUUGAAUGUUAAACACAUGAAUAUCGGCAUUCGGUAUGCACUAAAAAGUUGUUUGUAAGUCUAAAAUAAUAGUUUUCUAUGAGUCUGUACACGUGUGCUGCGACAUACGUUGUAAUCUCAACAUAAUCAACCGUGAACAUCACUUCAAUGUGUACUAACUACGUGUGUCCUCAGUAAAUUCACGCGAUAUCGCAUUGAUCUGCUUGAUGAGUGGGAGUGAGUGAUUUAACGUUGUGAAUGACGCCUGAAUAGAUCUAGCUUGGCGCAGUAGUUCAGGGCUUCAGGCUAAUUGUGUCCCAGGGUGACGCAAAAAAGAACUUAAUGACUACAUAAACUGCAUUCCAAGCGGUUUACUAAUCAAAAUCGUUAAGUCAAUCUUUAAAUGUGAGUAAUGAGAUUUCCCUAACUUGGACUUAGUUAUCUUGCAUGUUUCACGAAUUUUUUUCUUAAAAAAAUCCCCGACCACAAAUUCUGUACUGGGUUAUUUGCUCGUGGGAAAUAUUUGCCAAUGUUAAUUAAAUAAGUGUUCAUUGGAAAUACUAGAUAAUUUUCCAAUAUUCAGCUCCAUAAAUAGGUACCCAUCGAUGAUAUCAUUUGGAUAAUCGCGGGACAACACGCGCACUAAAUGUAACUAUGAUCUCCAAAUGUAACCCUUCUGUAGGCUGAGUGAAGCUGUUAACUCGAACAGCUCUCAGUGUGUACACACGCCUUAGAUUUUUACUCGAAGUAUACAAUCGUGGAUCGGAAAAGGGCUCUCGUUCCGGGAGGUUAUUACGAUAAUCGCAUUUCCCACUAGUGGCUAUCUCGCUUUCGUUUCCGAGAAGGUGCGCGGGCGCAGCGCACCUUCCCCGCAAACUAUCAACUGGUUCGGCUAAUCACCCGAUUUCCAGAACCGAGAAACAGAUAGAGAAGCGCAUAAUAGCCGCGGCCCACUUACGCGGAAGUCGCUAAUUCUACGACAAUUUCGACGCAUAAUCAGUUUAUCAUUAUGGCCACUUAUGUUUUUCGGUUCAAGGGCCCACCGUAAUUUGUGUAAUGACGCCUCACCUAUGAGUCGGUUCGACGAAUUUUGUAAUGUAGAUCUGAGUAGAGGCGAGGGGACCAGGUAUAUUUACGACCGGCGCCUAUUUCCGGAUACGUGUCUUUUUAUUCUUGUAAACACUUAAACCUUUGAUUACAAAACUAUGCAGGGAACAAGUAAAACUCCUAGGUAUGGUAGCAGAAAGGAUAGGGGAAGUAGAUAGAUAUUUGGAUAGAGAUUCUAUAAAGUGUUAAGAAGACCAUGUGAUGUGCGUGCCUAAGUAUGUUGGGGGUGCUAAUAUAUAAAACUUAGGAUGCUCAUUUUUCAUUUCAUUUUUUUAAUAUGCUCUUUCUAUUUAGUACGAAUGUGAUAAGGUUUAAAAAGGUUAAGAGUUAAAUCGACAACGAAUUAUCAAAUAUUUGCGUAAUUAAAUUUUAUAAUGCACUUUUAUUAUCGUGUUACAGCAUAGCUAAUUAAUUCCCAACUAAAUAAAUUUACAUAAUUAAUGCUUUCCGCGGUGUGAGUCACACUUGAGGUCGUGCGUUGAAAUGAAAUUUUGCGAAUGGUAGGCCGACUCGGCCACACAGGCUGCGCUGUCAAAGGCUCGUUAAACCAAACAAUAGAUAUUCUCAGUAGCGUCGGCCGCGGCAGACUCCCAGUCGACAGAACUGUCACCGGUCUGGGCCGGCGAAAUGUAGUCACGCACAACGAAAACAAUCGAUUUGCAUGCCUAAUUUCAAUUCAAUGGAAGAUAGAAAUAUAAAAUAGUUAUCGUAAGACAAAAUUGAAUAAUAAAAAUAUGUGAAUAUCUACCUAGAUAUUCGGCCCUUAUGUUGCUAAGUUACAACAACACAAUGUCUAAUCCGAAGAUCAAUAAAUUAACGAUCGAGCUUCCUAAUUAAUUGAUAACAUCAUGCAAGUGAAGCAAUAACAGUCGGUAACUUUACGUAAGAGUAUGAUGAAUGUUUGCUCCGGUCGUGCUAGAAACUGGUUAGUGCUGGUAGAUACCAACAUCUAAUGUAAAGCCGACGGCUGAAUACGUUAAUGCAGCGUGAUAAAAUGUAAUGUAGAGUUUACAACAAUUUGAAGUAAAUGUCCAACCAUGCUUUUGCAUGCGCAUUGCGUGUUUAAGGCGGCAGGGUUUACAGCGUUCCAAAUAUCACUCUAGUGGGUGUAACGUGACAAGGGUUUCGUAUGGGCACAUUAGGUAAAUCGUCCGCGGUACCUUCUUUAUUUCGGUCACAUUUGUAUGCCGCAUGACGGGCCCAUCCGCAUACAGUUAAGUUCCGAUGAAAAUAGCUGUGGCUUCGCUUUGCAUUACACUCGGCCGGGAUAAUACCAGCUAACAAUUGUUUAAUCAUGUACAGGUUUAUUCACAUUUUAGGAACUAAGCUGUAAAUAACGUUGACUGUACGGUUUUGUACAUUGUUGUGUCUGAUGAUGUAACGUUGUUUCUUAGAUUGACAUUUUCAUCACCUAGAAUUUGACUCUAAAAGGGUUGUUAAGAGGUAUAACCAAGCGACAGAUCGAAGGAAUACUAAUAUAGCUUACUUAAGUCUCGAAUGAUGUUUGUAAAUCAAUACACAAUGCUAGAUAGUAUAAUUACAUAUUUUAAUAAUAUUUCAUUAUUACACAUCGUAAAUGUUCGCUAUUAAUAAAUGAAAAUUACUAAGUAAUGAUCGGCCUAAUGUUUCCUAGUUUGCCCAGUUGUAAUUAGAUUUUGCCAUUGUAGUUAACGAGUAAGUUUUCAGUAAUAUAUUAGUGAGUAAAUAAUAUUAAGUAAUGUGAAUGUUUUUCAUAACCUUUAAGGCCUUUGUUAAGUGUAGGUGGAUAAUGCAUCGUCAUAGUUUCCUAUAAUAGCCCUUCGUGAAUGUUCUGCUUGACUUUUUUCAAGAAUCUUCUCCGUAAGUGAGAUUAGUUCCGCUCCGGUCGUGGCGGCCGCGUCCGCAGCUAGAAGCCGGGUCUUGCCUACGACGAAUUCGGACCUCCCUUAUUUGUAUCGUUUUCGACAUUACGGAUUUCUCGUGAUUCAGUUUUCCGAGUAGGUACACAAACAGUUUUUAUUCCGAGUAACCGACAGGUUGACCUUUGGUUCUGAGAACGUGAAAUAUUUUGAUUAACGAUAUAAGUGUUAUUGCAUGUCACACGAUAAAAUCGCCCUCCAUGCUAGUGUGAAUUGGAUGAAUGAUUUAGCAAGUAUUUAAUUUGUAUUUCGUGCGUUAAUGACGAGUGUUUAUGGGAGUAGUAUAGUUUACGAGGGUAGUUAAUGACACGCAGGUGCUAUCGGUCAGGGAUCGCUGGAGUAGGCGGCCGGCGCCUUUAGCGCUCACGGUUACGCCGGAGAUUAGCUCAGCCUAUUGCAGCUGUCGCUUAUGGGUAUUUUGUAACGCCAUUGUUUUUAGCUUAAUAUUUUUAAAGUUAAGUUUAACGUUGACAAUAGACUAUUUUAUAUGAUUGGAACAAAUCGGGACGUGAACUAGCUGUAAGUUGGAUUUAAAUCAUUUUUAUCGGCUAAUGAAAUUACAACUGUUGAUAU